CGUCGUAAAAGGUCGCGGUGGAACCUCCCUGCGGUACAGAGACCUGUGGCUUUAAGGUGCCAAGCACUGCUGAGCCGGGAGAUGUCGGCUGCGGGUCAGGUGGAUCCCUCGGGUCCUCCCAGUAGCUUUGCGAAGCGGGUCCUGGUGACCGGGGGUGCUGGUUUCAUUGCAUCACAUGUGAUUGUCUCUUUAGUAGAAGAUUAUCCAAAUUAUAUGAUCAUAAAUCUAGACAAGCUGGAUUACUGUGCAAGCUUGAAGAACCUUGAAACCAUUUCUGAUAAACAAAACUACAAAUUUAUACAGGGUGACAUAUGUGAUCCUCACUUUGUGAAACUGCUUUUUGAAACAGAGAAAAUAGACAUAGUUCUACAUUUUGCGGCACAAACACAUGUAGAUCUGUCAUUUGUUCGUGCCUUCGAGUUUACGUAUGUUAAUGUUUAUGGCACUCACGUUUUGGUAAGUGCUGCUCAUGAAGCUGGGGUGGAGAAGUUUGUUUAUGUCAGCACAGAUGAAGUAUAUGGAGGCAGUCUUGAUAAGGAAUUUGAUGAAACUUCACCCAAACAACCAACAAACCCUUACGCGUCCUCCAAAGCAGCCGCUGAGUGUUUUGUGCAGUCGUACUGGGAACGAUAUAGAUUUCCAGUUGUCAUCACGAGAAGCAGUAACGUUUAUGGACCACAUCAAUACCCAGAAAAGGUUAUUCCAAAAUUUAUAUCUUUACUGCAACACAACAGGAAAUGCUGCAUUCAUGGAUCAGGGCUUCAAACAAGAAAUUUCCUUUAUGCUACUGAUGUAGUAGAAGCAUUUCUCACUAUCCUCAAAAAGGGGAAGCCAGGUGAAAUUUAUAACAUUGGCACCAAUUUCGAGAUGUCAGUGCUCCAGCUAGCCAAAGAACUAAUACAGCUGAUCAAAGAGACCAAUUCAGAGUCUGAAAUGGAAAGCUGGGUUGAUCACGUUAAUGAUAGACCUACCAAUGACAUGAGAUAUCCAAUGAAGUCAGAGAAAAUACAUGGCUUAGGAUGGAGACCUAAAGUGCCUUGGAAAGAAGGAAUAAAGAAAACAAUUGAGUGGUACCGAGAGAAUUUUCACAACUGGAAGAAUGCAGAAAAGGCGUUAGAACCCUUCCCAGUACAGCCACCAUUUGUAUAGUUAGGACAGUUUUUGGAAAAAGAAGAAUAUCCUACCUCGACAAGUGACGUGAAAUCAAACGACCAAAUGAAGUGUCUUGUUUUCAUUUGAAAUCAGACUUGAGACUUUUUGUAUGAAAUUCAAAUGCAAAAUGCCUCAAUCUUGAGAAGAGUGUCAGUAUUGGCAUAGGAUUUAAAUAUCAAAAUUCUUUCAGAAGGCUUUCCUGAACUGGGAACCAGGAGGCGCAGAAAGUCUCCUCGGCAGGCCGGGGAGGAGGGACCCAUCUGGGAACAAGGUCAGCUGCCCGGGGCCGAGGCUGCUGCCAGCGGUGAACUCAGCGGGCGCCCCGGCCUGCCCCGCCGCCUGCAGUCUCUAUGAGUUUUCAUUUGUAGACAGUAUACAAGGAGACUUAUGCCCUAAUUCAUCUUUUUUCUUAAAAGAUGUGCUAUUGUGCUACAUUAGCUUUAAAAAUGGAACAAAAUGGAAGCACUUUUUAAUUUAUAAUAAUUUUGUAACAUUGUUAUGUUUUUUAAAAGAAGGACAUAGUUUUUAUAUUUUCAUAAUCAGUCAUUGAACUAUGUAUAAGCAACCACAUGUUGGAAAUUGCAUUAUGUACUUACUGUUUAAAAUUUUAUUUAUAAAAUGAUCGACAUUUUAAUGUAUUUAAUAUAGACUAUGGGGUUUUGGGGUAAUGUAUGUUUUUAUUUUGCUGUAGAAAAAUUUUAAAACACUUGAUUAUGUAUUUUCAAUUCCUCUCUAAAGACUUUAUGAUGAUGUGAAAAAUGUAACUGAUUGGAUAUUGUGUUAAAAAAGGGAAGAGUCAAAAAUUAUGCCCAGCUUUCUGGCUUCAGUGCACAACUGAUGGUGAUUUUCUCUGUGAAGUAGGAAGCAAGAUUCUAAACUCAGAGGUGCUUGAGGGAGGGGGAUAGGAGUGGAAUAGCACCCUUGAGAACAUGGAGAUUGGGAAAAGAGAAAGCAGGUCCAAAGUUAGAGGAGUUGCCAAACAGAAAUCAAAUGCAGACUGAAGUUGAACACCUAUAACUCCAGAAUUUUGAGACUUGUAAAAGCGGUUGAUUGGGAGCCCGAAUUGGGACUAGUGUGCAUCAGGUUGGACAAAAGGAAUAAAGAGUGAGGGUAAGUGAACUGAUGCUUCACAGAUCUUAGACGUACGUGUAGGGGAGAAGGUGCCUCUUGGAGGUAGCCUGUAGCUCUAGAAGAAACGGAAAGGGGACUCAGGCGUGAGGAAGAUGAAGGUGAGAGCUCCGGGGGCCAGCAAGUUACAGGCAGAAAUAGGGCCAACCCAGAGCAGUGGUCUGGGCUGGGGUUUGGUCACUGAGGGGAGACAAAAUCAAAACACUUUGUGUCGUUUGUUCUGUGUCCUUUGUUCUUGCACAUAGUUUUGUGUACAUCUUUUUAAAAAGUCCUCACCCAAGGAUAUGUUCUUAUUUCAGAGAGGAAGGGAGAGAGAGAGAGAGAGAAACAUUGAUAUGAGAGGGAAACAUUUGAUCUGUUUCCCCCCUUACACACUCUGACCAGGGAUUGAACCUGCAGCCUAGGUAUGUGCCCUGACUGGGAAUCAAAGCCGCAGUCUUUUGGUGAAUGGGAAAAUGCUCCACCCAGCUCAGCCACCCAGUCAGGACUUGUGUACACUUUUAUUUCCAGCUUUAACAUACUUUGUUGUCUAAUCUCAGGAGAUGACCUUGACAGACAUUAGGAACGUAUAAUGAAAAGCCAGCCCUGAUGGUUGUGGCUCAGUAGAUUGAGUGCCGGCCUUCAAAUCAAAGGGUCACUGGUUCGAUUCCUAGUCAGGGCACAUGCCCUGGUUGCAGGCCAGGUCCUCAGAGCAGGGCAUGUGAGAGGCAACCACACACUGAUGUUUCUCUCCCUGUCUUUCUCCUUUCCUUCCCCUCUCUAAAAGUAAAUAAAAUCUUCAAAAAAAAUUUUUUUAAUUCAAAAAAGUUUAAGAGAAAUUAUUAACACAUUCAUAAGAGUAGCUAGGAGCUUACGCGGCGGGCAAUAUUACUUAAUGGUAAACAGAUCAAGAAUAGACUGAGGCUAGGGAGACCUGAGUUUGAAUCCUGACUC